AUGCUCAAAUCAAUUGCCUAUUCAAUUGUAGCCGCUUCUUUGGUUAAUGCAGGUACCAUUCCGUUGGGAAAAUUAUCCGACAUAGACAAGAUCGGUACCCAAAAAGACAUCUUCCCAUUCUUGGGUGGUGCUGGGCCAUACUACUCUUUUCCUGGUGAUUAUGGUAUUUCCCGUGACUUGCCGGAAGGUUGUGAAAUGAAGCAAGUGCAAAUGCUUGGUAGACAUGGUGAAAGAUACCCCACUGCCAGUAAGGCUAAGACGAUCAUGGCAACAUGGUAUAAGUUAAGUAACUAUACCCGCCAAUUCAACGGGUCAUUGUCUUUUUUGAACGAUGACUAUGAAUUUUUCAUCCGAAACAGCAGUAAUUUGGAAAUGGAAACCACUCUUGCCAACACGGUCGAUGUUUUGAACCCAUAUACUGGUGAGAUGAAUGCUAAGAAACAUGCCCGUGAAUUCUUAGCGCAAUAUGGUGAUAUGGUCGAAAACCAAACCAGUUUUGCCGUUUUUACCUCUAGUUCUACAAGAUGUCAUGAUACUGCUCAAUUUUUCAUCGAUGGUUUAGGUGACCGAUUCAACAUUUCCUUGCAAACUGUUAGUGAGGACGAAUCUGCUGGUGCCAACACCUUGAGCGCUCACCACUCAUGUCCUGCCUGGGACGAUGAUGUCAACGAUAACAUUUUGGAAAAGUAUGACACUAGUUAUUUGAGCGGUAUUGCCAAGAGAUUGAACAAAGAAAACAAAGGCUUGAACUUGACUUCAAGUGAUGCCAAGAACUUCUUUGCCUGGUGUCCAUAUGAAUUGAACGUCAGAGGCUACAGUGAUAUCUGCAACAUUUUCACUAAAGAUGAAUUGGUACGUUACUCCUACGGCCAAGACUUGGAAACCUAUUACCAACAGGGUCCAGGUUAUGACGCUGUUAGAUCCGUCGGUGCUAACUAUUUCAAUGCGUCGGUGAAGCUAUUAAAAGAGAGUGAAAUCCAAGACCAGAAGGUUUGGUUGAGUUUCACCCACGAUACCGAUAUCGUAAACUAUUUGACCACUGUCGGAAUACUUGACGACAAAAACGAUUUGACAGCCGAAUACGUUCCAUUCAUGGAUAACACAUUCCACAGAUCGUGGUAUGUUCCUCAAGGUGCUCGUGUCUACACUGAAAAGUUUCAAUGUUCCAACGACACCUACGUCAGGUACGCCAUCAAUGAUGCUGUGGUGCCAAUUGAAACCUGUUCCACUGGUCCAGGGUUCUCUUGUGAAAUAAACGACUUCUACGACUACGCUGAGAAGAGAGUGGCCGGUACUGAUUUCUUAAAGGUCUGUAACGUCAGCAGCGUCAGUAACUCUACUGAAUUGACCUUCUUCUGGGACUGGAAAAACGUCCAUUACAAUGACCAUUUAUUAAAACAAUAG